UCUUGCCGGUGGGUCGGAGCUGUAUGUGGUAGGCUGUGAAACUGACAAAAUCAGGGCGCCAUAUUGCGAGCUUGUGUUUGGUUACUGUUUCUGGCGCGUGGUGAAGAAUUUAUUAUAUUUAAUUGAUAACGAUGUCGGACAAUCAGGAACAAAAACCCGAAGCCGGCCCAGGCGAUGCGAAUUCUGAGUACAUCAAGCUCAAAGUUGUCGGAAAUGACAGCAAUGAAAUUCACUUUAGGGUAAAGAUGACUACUCAAAUGGGUAAAUUGAAGAAGUCCUACAGCGAUCGUGUGGGUGUACCCAUGACAUCGCUUAGGUUUCUUUUUGAUGGUAAAAGAAUUAAUGAUGAUGAAACACCAAAGCAGCUUGAAAUGGAAAAUGACGAUGUUAUCGAAGUAUAUCAAGAACAGACUGGUGGUCACUAUUGAGUAGUCAGGUGGGAAUCUUCAUUUCUGUUCUGAUAUUUUUUAAAGUGAAAGUGACAAUUGUAACAAAAAGAUGGACAAGUUUACAAGUACACAUAUAUAGAUAUAUAUACACAAACACAAUUUAACAAACAAUAUUGUAAACUUUUUGAUUUCAUAAGAUGUAAAAUGUGCUAUCAUACAUUCCUCUACCAAAAAGGUGAACCUCAUGUGAAACAGAACAUUAAUUCGUUUAUAAAACAUAUUGAUACAAUUGUAUUCAGACAUGAUGAUGAUUUUCUAUUUUUGUUUCUUACUAUCGCUAUAGUUUGAAUGAGAGUAAAUCAUUCUUCAUUAAAAUGUGUUCAGGAAAUUCAAAGCAAGUUUAUUCAUUUUCAAAUAUCUCUAGUAUCUUAUGUUUUUCUUUCUUUUUUGUCUUAUUCUAGAUACAGAAUGAUGCGAAUGCUAUAACAAAAAUGUUAGGUCUAAGAUGUACUUGUAAUAAAAGUAAUGAUAAUUUUAA